CGUAAAUUGUGUCUGGCGAGGUUUGUGCGUGAAAAAAGUUUUUUUCCAGCCGAAAUUGAGCAGAACUUCACCUGACAGCAAUGCCAGGUAUCUACUGUAAUGUUCGGGGAUGCACCAACCGUGCUCUUUCGACAAGGGAUGUUGUGUACCACAAGAUUCCAAGGGAUAAUGUGAGAAAACGAAAGUGGUUCGAAGCGCUUGGCCAGGACAUUCGUGAUUCGGGCCGUAUCUGUUCAACGCAUUUCUCUGACGAGUCGUACGAAGUGGUAACAGCGGACGGUCGAAGACGUCUCAAACCGACCGCAGUCCCAACACCAGUGUUUCUCCUUGCGCGGACGUGUGACGACGCGAACAUCAGUGCACACGAGACGAGCAGUGGCCCUGACCCGUCGCAGGAGUGGUUUCUGGCUGAUAACAGUGAUUUUAGCAAUCUGUGCAUGAUUGUAGCAGUACCCACGGCAGAUGACUGCACAUUGGCCACUACAUCGGCUGGUAGCAAUUCUAACCGUGUUACUGCAAAUGAAGCUAGUCUCCCAGAGUGCGAUCACACAUACUGUAGACCUACAGUGUUUUCAGAAUCGACACAGGUUUCCAUCAUAGCGGACGAGAAAGUGGAAGUCAGAAGUGAAAGCACGCAAACGGAUCAUUCACCGUCAACACCUGUCAACAUGUCUCCAGUGAUGGUUUCAACACCUAUUGUCCGUACACCAUCAUGCCCAGAGGUGCAUGAUACGACUAUGUCUUCACCACUGAUGGAGCCAGCCGAUGAGUCAUUCCGCAUAUCUGAAGACGACAGUUUUGAAUGUGGUGUGCCCUCUGCUUCACCAAUUGAUCAGAAGAAGUACAUCGUAUUUGAAGCUCCAUUGUUAGAACUGUUCGAGAAAUGCAGGACUUGCGGUGCGGCGUGCAAAGUGGGCACAGAGGUUCGAGGGACACUUCCCACCGUAAAAGCUGAGUGCCCAAGUGAGCACACUUUAUCUUGGAAAAGCCAGCCAGAGGUGAACAGGAUGGCUGCAGGAAACAUCUUGCUGUCUGGCGCAAUACUUUUCAGUGGGGCUAGUGCAACCAAGGCAAGUACUCAUAGGCUGUUAUGUUGA